AUGGCUCGCCAGCCCUCCGUUCUCGCUCCAACGGCUGCGAGUCUGCCAGAUACCUUCCGCAUACCCUCCCCCACGACCCAUUUAAUAAAAGCAUUGAGCAAGCUAUCGCGACCCUCGCUUAUAUCCCUUGUUAUCCAAUGGCUAGAAGAAAAGAAUUUAUCUAGCUGUAGGCCUUAUUUACUCUCCGACGAGUCAAAGUCGCAAGACCAAGACGACGAAACGAAUCCCUAUACACCAGCCGAAAGUGUGGAGGAACUGAGGGUGAUAUACGAAGACUUUCAAGACCAAAAAGGAGGAAAAAGGGAAAUAAUUGACCGGAUUCUAGAAGGGGACUGGCGCCAUGGAUUAACCCUUCGUCAGCUUGCGAUGGCAGACAUGCGAUUUAUUGAAGAGCACCCGUCUAGUCAUCGGUGGACGGUACUCCGUAUCGACGCAAACGGCGCAGCGGCAAGUCAGGAUCCCAGCGAUAUUCAGAGCACUGAAGAUGAUGCGACAGUUCUUCCACCAUUCCAGGCUUCCAGUUUUCUCAGAGCUAUGCAGCGUGAAAUAUCACCGCUCGUCAAAGCACAUUACCAUGUUCACCGAUUCCACUCGCUUCCUUUAACUCUCGUUCGAAUAUUAGCCAUCGAUUCUCCAUAUCAAAUCCCACGUCAGUCUCCGUCUACAUUAACCGAUACCUCAAGAUUAAUCUAUCUCGCCUUCCCGGACAGCACACCUUUUAUAUAUUCCUCACUCGUGUCCACCCCAAGCUCAAAAAAGGGCUACUCUACGGAUGUCCGGACAUUACGGCGUAUCAUCAAUGAUGCGGUUCCGAAGGCUCUUUCACGCCCACAGCGGCGGUACAGACUAACUUCCACAUCUCUGGCAGCGAAGAGCCUACAUACGUUGCUCACCCUCAGGGGUCCUUGGAGAACGAACUCAGCCAACGGUGCAUUUACCGUAUUUACAGAUGCAGUUGCUGAAACAGGGCCCCUAGAACCGAGAUUAAGCACUGCAGCCCCUUUUAGGGACGCAAACACCAGAAUUGCAAGCAAAGAUACAGAUAAUGCAUCCGUAAACGAUAAAGAAAACCGAGAUAUCUCCUAUAUAAAGAAGCAGAAAAGACCUGUUCAAGAACCCAGAACCAAUACUCAGUCGCUCAAGAAGCGAAAACAAGUUAUUAUAUCUCGAUUUGGGACUUCGGGAGACCCUAACCGUGGUCUGUCAUCUUUCGACUCAACGCCUAAAUCCAUUCAUGACACAUCUACCUUGCAAAACCAACCAGCCUUGCCGCAAAUAACUCCGAACCCAGCUUUAGACCGUCUUCAAAUCCAUCUCCAAGAUCCUCCAACGUUGGAGCCGGACCCCUCUCCCCCUCAAAAUGUGAUUUCACUCACGUUUUCAGGUUCAGAUGUUGUAGCAGGCCUACGGCAGCUGGCGGAACUAGGCAUGGUUGACCCCACUCGUAUGCCGUCGUGGAUGACAGGUGAAGAAGGCGUUAGCACUGCGGUAAUUAGAGGGGGCGUGAUGGUACCGCAAUAA